ACACACAAACAAGGAAGUGAUUAUGCAAUUGUAAUCAGCGAACAUUAUGAUAAAUAAUAUCCUGUAUGUUGCUUUAUAUUAUUUGAGCCAAGAUAACUGGAGUUAAGUUGUUAACCAGCCUGAGAAGAUCAGACUCGCGCGACUAUAGACAGAUCUGUUCUUGCCAAAACGUGACGUCACCACAACAAUGAAAAUCACAUGACGUCGUCUUCAUUCAUAAACAGUGCGCGUUGAUAUAUCGUGGUGAUAACCCAUGUGUUCGUGUGCAGUUAUGGCUCAGCAACAGUGUUCGUGUGCAGUUAUGGCUCAGCAACAGACAAUAGGUCCUAAACAACAACAAGUUAUUGAAAAUGCAGCCCAUCCGAUUCUUUUGGUGAAGACAUUUGCCUGAAACUUUGCUAGAAAAUACAGAGGAAAGUGAAUGUCAGCAGUCAAAGAAGCCCACGUGCGGAGAGCUUUAGGAAGCAAUAAUGGAAACAAGCGCAUUGUGACAUCAGCGGCUCUUGACAAGGCUCUUAGUGACAUUGGCGUCAAUGAGGAAACAAUUCAAUUGAGAAGGACAACUUGGCUUUAUCUUGAGGCUUUGCACACCAUCCAUCAACAGGCUCAGGACUUGGAUACCGAUGUAUAUUAUUUUGGAAGCCGAACCGAAGGUUCUACCACAGAAGGUAUGGACUCAGACAAUGAUAGUCUUGUGUGCUAUAGAUUUCCGGUGAUUCAUAAUAUUGCGGACAUGCAGUUUGAGCUAGGGCAUAUUGUUGUGGUUAUGGACACGUCAACCCCGCCUCAGUGUUGCUGUCUGCAAUGGCUCUUGCCUGAUUAUUCUAAAGUUUUGCCGGAUGAUUUUUUUCCGUAUUGUCAUAUUGAUGCUCAAGGGCGGUUAUUCCUGAAAAACAAUGGGGUGAACAUGUUCAUAGAACGGUACUACAAAAUAGAGGGUAUUGACUAUACCCAACACGGUCCUGCGCUUACCAUCGCCGGUUUCGUAGAUAUUGUCCACGCUUUUCACUGUGCAAAACUGCCAGAAGAGUGUCAAUAUAUUUUCAGAAGGCCAAAGCCCGGGCAUUGGCCUGGACCAGAAUUGUUGUCACAACUAAAGGAUAGCGGGGUUUUCCUUGUUAAGACUGCGCAUGUUGAGAACAAAACAAACUGGGACCCUCAACAACGCCUAGGAACAUUAACAGUACGAACUUUCGAUAACUCACAUGAGCGUUAUUGGAGGUUAUCUACCAAUUUGAUGGAGAGGCUUUUGAUGUUCGACCUCACAAUGACGCAAAUGAAAGUGUACGUAAUGAUGAAAAUAAUCAGAAAAGAGUUUUUUAAGCCGCUCGUUGGCGACCGUUUAAGCACGUUUCACUUGAAAACCACGUUGCUGUAUUGCGUGGAAAUGUUUCCUCCAUGCAUCUGGGAAGAUGAAAAUCUUAUCCAAUGUUUAACAUUUUGUUUGACAACAUUAAGGCGGUGGUUAAAAGUGCGAUAUUGCCCUCACUUUACGACGGUAAAUGUGAAUUUAUUUGCAGGUAAACUGCAAUGGAAUGAGUUUCCGUCUUUGAUAGAAUUGUUCACGGAUAUUAUCCGUAACGAUGUGUAUUGUUUGUAUAAUGUUAAAAUGGACGACCUUGGUAGCCGUAUAUUGUCGAUUUCCACAGAGAGUACAAAUGAACUCCCUUUCGAAAAACUGGAUAUCGUUGUUGCCAGCAAGAUGUUUGCUUCGAUGAUCUUUUACUCAUGCGGAUUUUUGUACAUUUUGGCAACGCUUGGAGAAGAAGAAACAUCAACACUAAUAAACUACUUUGCGCAGUACAUUCAAAAGUUAGAGACCAUUAAUAAAACCAGCACGGGAUACAUUCGUUCAGCAGUCUCUAUUGCAUUACCAUUUCAUUAUUCCAUGCAGGCUAUACUGAAAGCGUCGCUCUGUAUCGGUGAAAAUCGAACAUUACCGCAGGAGAUUUUAACUUUGUGUGAAAAGUCUCUGAUGUCCGACGUGACAUCAAGUCGCCUUAAGUUUGCGUCGAUAUAUUUCUCAGCAUGGCAAUUUGAAGAGGCUGCUGCUAUUCUUAAUCAGGUAGAUGCACUCGUUUCUAACACAGUAAUACCUUUUAGCCCUUGCUUUAAUUUCAAUAACUAUAAGUUUGAUUUAGAGCUGCUGCGACGCCGAAAAGAGUUCCUACACAUGUUGCAAAACGAGGUUGCUAUGAGCACAAUGUUUGGCAGACACGAAAUCAAUUGUGUUCCUGGGCAGCUUGUCGCUGAGUUCUACAGAACGGUAACGGCGGAGGAUAAAGCGUGCCGUGGUGCACUACAUGUACCUUCCUGGAUGGAGUGGAUGGACCUUGCAGUGGUUGAUUCAUUGCCAUAUUUGUAUUACCUACAGUACUUAAUAUUUCGAACUACUGGAUUAAUCAGCUACAAAGACAUUGCGUUUAAGAAUCUCCAGACUGCGAUUUUCAGAGACCAAAACUAUCAUAUCGACACCUCAUUAAAUCUGAUAGGACAUUGUUGGGAACUGGAAGGCAAUUUGUCAAAAGCUUGGCGUGCCUAUACGUUUUCAGUUAAACUUCGAUCGAAGAAUAACGCAGCUUACUGGCACAUGUUUAGGAUGAUUGGAGGUCUUAUUUAUGGGCUUAGAAUGUUAUCCUGGUGACAUUCGGCUACUCAGGGUGUAAAUAUGCAUGACAACGGGAGAAAAUUUGAAUAUAUAUAAGAAUGCCUCAUAGCAGUUGUUAUCAUUUUAUUUUUCGCACUGUGGUGUUGUUUGUUCUGUUCUGUAUUUGUGCUGAUAGAUUUCUUAAUCGCCUUAAAUGAAUAUUUGAGGAGCUUGUUGAAUGUUGAUGAGAGAUUUUUUCUUUGUGAUGUCUAUUUAUUGUAAAUUUUCAGCUUGACUAAUGAUUGUAGCGUAGAUGCAGGUGAACAUAUUCCUGUUCAUAUCCACCAUGUUGUUGUAUUUCAAUUUUCAGAAAGUGUUAUCAAAAGAGACAAAACAUUUUAAUUACGUAGACCUUGUUUACGAAUAUUCUUAUAUAUUGAAUAUGUUUUUAUAUGUGUAUGUACAGUGCUUACUUUUGAGAUCAUUCAUGGUCACUUUUGUUAGAUAUAUUAGGCCUAAGGGUCUUUCUAAUAUUGUAUAACAUGUAAGGUGGGUUUAAGAGGCAUUUGUAUUGGUGCGAGCAGUACUCAAAGGGGUUAGAACUGUAAAACAACAUGUAUUUUUCUUCUUUCUUUGCUCAUUUUCGUUUGCCAUGGUAUUCUGAAUCAAAAAUCAAAGUAUCAAAGAAUCAACGAAAAAUAUACCAAACAAUUAUUCUCCAACAUUCUGAAUUGCCUCAAACGUGUUUCCCUUUUUUUCCAUUACCAUUUGAGUACAAAAUCAUUCGUAUGUUCCUAAAUAUUGAUAAAGCAAGAUGUAUUUGGUAUAUAUUUAUUCAUAAAUCGUUUAAUAUGACCUAAUGAUAGUAAAUGAUAUUAAACAGGUAGGAUAAAGAAAGAUUGCAAGGCUACCAACGAUGGCACAAAUACAUAUUUCAUAACCAUGCUGCAGUUGGGAACUGGAGAUGUUGCGAAAACGUAUGAAACAUAUGGUGUGUUUUUUUCAUGUAACUAUCAUAAACUGCUUACAACUAUUAAGAGCAUGUAGUAGAUCAUUUGUAAACGAACUACAAUGAAUUUAAUUUCAUAUAAUUUCUUUUAAAGUUGAAUAACAAUUUUAUUAUCUCAAUAUGUAUUUAUUUAUUUGUAUUGUAUACGUUUUUUAAUAUUAAUAAUGGAUUGUGGUUAUCGCUGCUCUUUUCAACCAAAUUAAAAAUGUUAAAUAGUUUAUUUUUGUCGGCGCCGCCUACGUUCACGCAAUAACGCCUACAACAAAACGUGUACGUAAAACUACAUAUUCCUUUUGCAAUUAUUCUUUUUUUUCUUGUUGAAAGGAUAGUGUAUGUAACCUAAUUAUGAUCAUGAAAUAUCGUUUAUACAUUUCGCCCAUAGAGUUAUAGUUUGAAUAAAGGUUAAAAUGGCA